AUGCAGUCGGAUCACACUGAUCCAACGCCCGACACAUCAUUGACCGAUGAGACCGCAAGGCUUCGCGAACUUGAGGCAAAUGUUCGAAAUCAGGAUGAACUCGAAAGGGAGCUCGGUCAUCAGGCCGACCAGCUCCUUAUCGAGCAAGCCGACGAGCGAGAUCAGAAACGGAUAGAGCGCACAACAAAGGAGAAGAUAAAAAUAGAGGACCAGAUCCUGAAGUUAUAUCACCGAUUGGAACAACGUGUUGGUCCCGCUCAAAGGGUGCGCAUCGAAUCUGACAUCGCAAAGGCACAAGAUCAACUGUCUUCGCUUGAAAACGAUUUAAAAGAGAUACAAGAACGCAUUGAUGAUCGCCAUGAAGAGAAGAAUGAUAUCGCAACUGUCGAACCUGGACGACUGCUAAACGAGUCCCGACGAGACUACCUCAUUCGAACGGGAAAAAUUACGCCUUUUUCAAAAAUGGGAACUGGGCCAAAGGAGGGGCCGUUAGCAAGUCUACAUGAUGCUCUUAUCGAUGCCGAGGACGAGCGCGACGAAGCCGAGGCGUUAGAGGAUGCGUCGCGAAGAGCCGCAGUCUCCCAUCGUAACUUGCGACUUCCGGGCAUCGACAUAAGUGACGUCAGUGAGAUAACUUCUGACGAUAUAUCGGAUUCAAGUAAAUCACGGAAGAGGAGAAGGUUAACUCAGGACCGUUGCCAAGAACGCAUCAAGCGAACACGAAAGGUCGAUACAGAGGCAGAAGAUGAUAGCUAUGUGGAAAGUGAGUACUUAUCAUCGUCAACGGACGAGUUUGAUCCUACGCCUGGAGAAGUACGCGAGAAGCAGACAAGUAAAAGGUCCGAUAAAGACGACGUAGAAGAUCUUCGAGGGUUAGACGAUGGCAAUGAAGAAUUUUAUCAAGCUCGAUUGAAGCGCUGGGUGCGUCGUCGAGCGGCCGCUCGCAAGCGAGUGGCUGGUUCAGAAAUUAAAGCGGAAGAAACCGAACAAAUGGACCUCACAGGAAGAGAAGGCUUUGCGGAAGAAUGGUUUCUGCCUCAUCCUACGGUUCCCGAUGCUGAAUAUGACGGGGGCUAUCGGGUGCCUGGUGAUAUAUUCCCGAUUCUUUUUGACUAUCAGAAGACUGGUGUUCAGUGGCUCUGGGAGCUCUACCAACAGCAAGUUGGGGGCAUCAUUGGCGAUGAGAUGGGUCUUGGAAAGACUAUUCAAGUGAUAUCUUUUCUAGCUGGUCUUCACCAUAGCAGAAAGUUGACUAAACCGGUCAUUGUAGUUGCUCCUGCAACUGUAAUGAAGCAGUGGGUGACUGAGUUUCAUCGAUGGUGGCCACCUUUCCGAGUCUCCAUUUUACACACGUCAGGAAGUGGCAUGAUCAAUGUUCGAAACGAGAGCAAUCGCGAGAACGCUCUAAACGAUGAAAUGUGGGAUCCAAGUCGACCGUACACCAUGACCAAAGCUCAGAAAACGGCAAAAAAGAUUGUCCAGCGAGUAGUUGAAGAAGGACAUGUGCUGGUCACGACAUAUUCCGGGUUGCAGACGUAUGCGCCUGUUUUGAUUCCUGUCGAUUGGGAUUGUGCUAUUCUUGAUGAAGGACACAAGAUCCGCAAUCCAAAUACGUCAAUCACGAUUCAUUGCAAAGAAUUGCGCACCCCUCAUCGCCUGAUUCUUUCCGGUACGCCGAUGCAAAAUAAUCUCUCCGAGCUAUGGUCGCUAUUUGACUUUGUCUUCCCCAUGCGUUUAGGAACUCUGGUUGACUUUCGAAACCAGUUCGAGUUUCCUAUUCGUCAAGGUGGAUAUGCAAACGCAAGUAACUUGCAAGUCCAGACUGCAGCGCGGUGUGCCGAGACUCUGAAAGAAGCCAUCAGCCCGUAUCUUCUCCAACGAUUCAAGGUGGAUGUUGCUUCCGACCUGCCAAAAAAGAGCGAGCAGGUUCUCUUCUGCAAGUUGUCUCCGCUCCAAAGAAAGGCCUACGAGCAGUUUUUGAACUCACAGGAAUGUAACUCGAUUCUCGCCGGUCGAAGACAGGUUCUAUACGGAGUUGAUAUGCUGCGUAAGAUCUGUAACCACCCAGAUCUUGUAACACAUAAACUUUUUUCUGCAACAACCGGCUAUGGUGAGCCUUCCAAAUCAGGAAAAAUGAAAGUCGUCAAAGCGCUUUUAGAACUCUGGAGGGAUACUGGACACAAGACAUUAUUGUUCGCUCAGCAUCGCAUCAUGCUCAACAUCCUCGAAAAGUUUGUAAAUACCUUGUCUGGCUUCAACUAUCGAAGAAUGGAUGGCGAGACUCCAAUUCAUCGGCGCCAACUUCUCGUUGAUGAGUUCAAUAACUCACCAGAUAUACAUGUUUUCUUGCUCACGACGAAAGUUGGGGGACUAGGUGUGAAUUUGACCGGCGCUGAUCGAGUUAUCAUCUACGAUCCAGACUGGAACCCGUCGACUGACAUGCAAGCCCGCGAAAGAGCAUGGCGAUUAGGUCAAAAGCGCGAAGUCGCCAUCUAUCGCCUAAUGACAGCUGGGACAAUCGAGGAGAAGAUCUAUCAUCGACAGAUUUUCAAACAAUUCCUGACGAACAAGGUCUUGAAAGAUCCAAAACAACGGCAGACGUUCGAGAUGAGUAAUUUACACGAUCUUUUUUCUCUGGGAGAAGAAGGCCAAACCGAGACUAGCAGUAUGUUUAAGACGGAAGUUACAUAUCAAGAAAAAGGCGAAUCGAAGCAAGACAAGAUCAAGACGGAGCAGACACCUCCCAAGACCGACGACAAAGAAAUUCAAAAAGUUGAAGGAAUUGCAGCAGUCGAACACUUCCGCGACGAUGCCGAUGAAGCUGAUGGAAAGGGUGACGACAACGGAGUCCCCAGGUCUGAAGCGCGUCUCAUGGAAACCAUAUUUGCUCAAUCAGGCGUCCACUCCGCGCUCGAACAUGACCGAAUCGUCAACGGCAAGAAAAUCAUUGCACCCGACAAAAGCAUCAUCGAAGCCGAAGCCAAACGUCUCGCCGCAGAAGCAGCCGAGAAACUCCGCAAAGCCGAACAAAUCGCCCGAUCAGUUCCAGUAGGCACUCCAACCUGGACCGGACAAUUCGGUAUAGCCGGCAGACCAGAAGAACGACCUCGCUCAGCAUUUGGAGGAGCAGCCAGUAUCGCGCGAGGAGCUGGUGCCGGGCCUUCAUCAGCUAGCAUACUCGCCAAUCUGGCCAACCGUACCGGGGCGGGGCGAAGUCGAACCAACAGUCCUCGCGACAGUCCAGUUCCUGGCGGAGGCCGUCCGGAUUUCAUGUCCAUGAUUCGGGAUUACAUGAUUGCUCAGGGCGGGUCGGCAUAUACGCAAAUGUUGAUUGAUCAUUUUAACCGAUUCUGUACUACGCCUCAACGGUCAGCGGAGUUCAAGGAGACGCUCAAGACGGUUGCUAACCUGGAGAAAGGCGGACGUAAUGGGAGGGGGAAGUGGUCGUUGAAAAAGGAAUAUGCUAAACGGUGA